UGUUCAUAUAUCUUUAAAUAGUUUGCGCUUCAAUUAGAAUCAGAUUAAUGUAAAGAAACUUGAAAAACGUUUUCUAUAUCGGUUAGUUUCAUAUACAUUGUAUGCAACAUGAGUAAAUCACUUUUCUCUGCCGAUGAAUCGACAGCACUGAAGACAUCAUGGAAAACUUUGACAAAAGCAGGCAUCGCUCCAGUGGGGCAGUUGGUGCUUCACAGAUUUUUUAAUGAUGUUCCUGAGGUCAGAGAAUUAUUUUACAACGUCGGUGUGGAUGAGGAUCGCCCACAGAGUUUAACAAUGGAAUCUUUGAUGAAAGAUAAUAGAUUUCGCGAGCAUGCAAAAAGAGUCGCUUAUGCAAUUGAUACCGUCAUAAGAAAUUUAGAUGAAACAGAUGUAAUUGUGGAAAAAUGCUCAGAGUUGGGAAAAAUCCACGUAAAACACAAAGUCCAGCCGCAUCAGUUUGAUUUAUUGGGUGAAGUUCUCGUGAAUGUAAUCAAAGGAGCUCUCAAUUACGACGUUACCCAUCCCAUUAUGCAAGCGUGGAUAAAGGCAUACGGAACCAUCGCUAGCGCAGCAAAGGCAGGAAUGAAAACUCGAUAAAAGAUAUCCUUUUCAUCACUCCAACGCCUUUUUAUCCUUCAAUCCACUCCGAUUCCGUUUUGAAUAAAAUGUGACUCCAACUUGUACACAAUUUCGAAUCUAACCCUAGCUCCUAACUUCGAUAAAAUUCCCUAAACAUUCAAGAUUUAGACUCCGACGACUUUGUAAAUACGACUCCAGUGAACCCAUGCUGAACUCCGGCACCACAGCCUUGGUAUUGAUCUUCUCGGUUGUCAGUCACAGAUAGGGAUGAUUCGGACGAACUGGCCAAAUGGGCCGUAUUGAUAAAUUGUUGCUGCGUGGACAAAAUAUCGCCAACGUAUAAAAGUAUAGUGGGAAACUCAUCGUGCAGGAAAUGCAUUCAACGGUUUAAAAGACUUAACAAAUCUAAUGAUUGUAUGCACCUAUUAUUCCACCUAUUAUUUCAUGUCUGUAAGUGAGCAUGCAUAAUUGUUACUAAAUUAGAUCAAUCAAUAUAAUUACUUUUUCAUUCUUAAAGAUCAUUCUUAAAAUAAAUAGAAACUGCCAUA